CAGAUAUGACCGAUCCACUAUACUUGUUCGCGUUUUGAAAUAUGUGGAACCAGGCGCUGCGGCGCGUCGUCCACGCCGAGGAGCAGCAGCAGGCGGAGCGUCGUCGACAGCAACUGGCACAAGCUGCUACCGCAGCGUGUUCUGCGUCGAACGCGACUUCUGCAAGCUCUGACGUCCCGAUAGGAGCCGAGCAAUCCGCAGCAGAAGGCAACAAUUCCGUCCCCGCAGCUCCCUCUGACGCUAAUGCAGCCCCAGAGCCCAACAAUGAUGCGCCAUGCGUGGAAGACACAGAGGACGAUGACGACUAUCUUCAAAAGCACCUGCUCUCGCGGCCGACGUCGACCUGGAGUUGUCUCGAGGACACACAACAGGCCAACUGCUUGGCGCUCAACUCCUCACACACACUCGUGGCGGUGGGCGAGCGCGACGGCCGCGUGACCAUUUGGGAUAACACGACCAUCCGCGUCAUCACUCGCGAGCUGGACCCAACGCUUAUUGCCGUGGAGUCUCCUACAGGCGAGACAGUCCAUGGACAGGAGGAAUCCACUACCAAGACCGACAAUACGAAGAAGACAGAUGCAGACGGAUCAGUGGAGAACGAUGACGCGUCAGUAGAAGAUGACGACGAGGAGAGAACCGAAGAUGCGUCAGUCGAAGAAGCCACAGAAGAAGACGAAGUAGACGAAGACAAUAACGAGAGUGAAGAGACCAAGACAGAGGACGAAGCAGACACCUCAGGAGGUGGAGUUGUAUUGACUCUGUCGGAUCUUCGAGUAGUCAAGACAGCUCUCAAGGUGGUCUCUCAAUGCGCGUGGUCAUACAAUUCCCAUUGGCUGUUUGCAGGCUGCGAGGAGAAGUCUACACGUCGAGCGAGACUUUGUGUAUGGAAUGUUGAGGCUGCAACACUCGUAUCAGCGUUCAGAUUUGACGGAACAAUCACAGCGUUGAGUGCACAUCCAAGUGAUCCCAAACUGGUGCUUGUGAGCUUCUGGAACUCUCGUCCAGUGCUAUUGAAUGUGGUAACUGGAGAGAAGUCAGAGCUUGAGAAUGUUCCGCUGGAAAACACUGAAGUUGCUCAACCAACGCCUCAAAGUAACUCGCGACAUCCAACGCUUGCGUCCUGUGCAAGAUAUGGUCGUUCUGGGACACGUAUCUACUGUGCUACGUCGAAAUCAACGCUGGCGAUACUGGACGCGACGACUCUGCAGUGUCUGGACAGUCUCAAGCUCACCGUGCUCAUCCAGUUCGUUGAUUUGAGUGUCAACUUACGUGAAAAUGCCAUGCUACUCACGAGUUCCAAGGGAAUCCACGAGUUCGUCAUGGAUCCCACUGAUGCGACCGAAGAGCACCCGUUAGGACUGCGUGAAGUGGCUCUACACUCGACUGGAGCUGUACGUGCACCGUGGGCGGUGUGUUGCUUUAGUGGCGGCGAGGAGUUUGUGGUCGGGACGCCAGUGGUACGUCAUCGUCACGUAGGAGAGAACGGGUUAUUCACGUGGCAUCGCGCGUCUGUUUUAAACAAGACAACAGCUCAGCACAACGUUGGAGUGAAGGAUGGAGUGCUCGCAUUAACGUGGGAUCGGUCAAGACAAAGCGUGUUAGCUGUGUCUACCAGUGGAGCUCUGCAUGUACUCGAGGAACAGUUCAGUACCACGUGGCCGGGGGCGAUGUAUCCUGCGGGCUUUCGACUCAUCACGGACAACGAGCUGCAUCUCGAGGUGUUUGAUCGUGACGCACAAGAGCGGAAAGAAGAGAAGGAGAAGCUCACAGAAGCUGCGAGACAAGCGCCAGUUGACGUGUUCACUGUACAAAGUCCGUCUGUGGAGUUCCCUGUUGACGACGAUGGCGUUGGCGUGAAUGAAUUCGAGAAACCGUGCUUUAUCCCAGCCGUACCGAUCGCUUAUUACCAUCGUCGACAUCUGCAUCAACUCCAUGGAGUGCCAUACAACGAGGAAAAACAUUUCGGUCUUGGUCAAAGUGUGUUUGAGCCGCUGAAAGGUGCACUGGGGAAGCAGAAGAAGAGCAGUUCGCGGAAAUCCAAGAGCAACAAGAAACGGCGACGCAGAUAGGCCCAGGUAAUGUCAAGUACGUUUAUCCUUGUCUGUUUGUUUCUACUGCAGCGCUGCCUCGAGUCGUUGAAAGGAUUGCGUCAGUGCACAGCUACGCAACGCAUCAGCCUUUUUGGUUUUGAAGGAAGCAGCCCUGGAGUUUGUGCACUGCUCGUCUUGAAUCUCUGUAUCUUGAUCAGACUCGUUGGACUGAAGACGUUCAAUCACGGAGAUUCGUGAUAUCUGGAGUGCUCGAACAGCUAUCGAGUUAACCUUUAGGCGUCGAUGCGCAGAGACUCCAGGUGAAUUGACUGGACAAACUGGGCUGAUAGUUAAUGGGAGUUCGGGUUCGGAACGUUCCGAGCUUCGCAGACUUUCGGACUUUCGGGCUUGUUGCCUCACCGCUCGACUCCCUUCUCGUGAUUUUCUUACUGUUUUAUUCAGUUCAGGUGCUGCAUCGCAAACUGGGAUAUCAAGGCAAACACAAGAUGAUGAAGUGGAGACGUGUCCUGCCCAACCACAUCGAGAGCACGUCAAUUUACUGCGUCGUUGAGCUGCCAGCGUUAGUCGUACGACAUGCUCGGAGCCUUCAGUGAACUUCUUGCGUUGAGCUAAUGCAGUGGCUCUCCGCAGCUCGAACCAAGCCUGCCGCUGUGCUAUCCACUCCUGAAACAACUUCAAUGACGCAGAUUCCUGGGCCAGAACCAUAAGCAACACUGUCGAGGGCAACGUGUACGCUCGUGCACCAUUUGCUGAUGUUACGGCACAAUAUCGUUCAAAUGAGGUUGCCAGGCACAAGGUCUCCGAUACCCCAACUGAAUCAUGAGUCUGUAGUAGUUCUAGUUCUAAAUCUGCUUCUUGAUUUAUUCCAUUGCGUAGAGAUCCUAGAGUUAGUUGGCCAGAGACCACGAUAAAAACUCGUACAGGUUGGCCAGGUGUGAAGAGAUAUUCUUCUUGUUCGAUAGUAACAGGGUGUAAAUGAGCAGCUAGAAAGCGUCGAGAGGAAUCGGCCAUAGAUCGGAAGAGAAAAGUGUUGCGUAGGAAGAUUUCUGCUUCUGGUGUAAAGGAGAUCGGGAACGUUGGUAAACGUGUGAUAUGUCGACGCUGAAGCUGCUGAAUGACGUGGUACGGCAAGCACAGGACGUGCGUAAGAGCAUUUUCACGAAGUCCAAGGAGAUUGCGCUGUCGUGCAUUGCCCACUGUCGCGGUUGAGAGCUGGUAGUCAAAUCCGAACGCUGCAGCAUCAAGACCGAAGCAAUCGCCUGCUGUAAGCUCUCGUAGAUGUAGAAGUGGACCAUCUCUAAAAUCAGGCAUUCCAGUGGGUAUCUUCGGCAGAGUUGAUGAAGUAGACGACUCUCGUAGAAGGACUGGUCGGAGCGAGAGAUCACAAUGGCCAUUGAGAAGGAAAUACACGUUUUCAGUACGUGUCGUACUCUGAAC